AUGUCAUUUUAAAUAAACCAAAUGAAUGUUGAGCUAGUAUCAAAUAAAUAAUUUUAAAUGGGCAUUAUCAUUUCUGUGAAUUCACUUAAAAUUUUAUUUUCCUAAUAUUCCAAACUUCUUUCUGAAUUUAUAGCUUUUAGCUAUGCAUUAAUAUCCAUUCAUAUAAAUAAAUUUAGAAUCUAAUCGAAUGAGAAAUUGCUGUUAAUCAUUCAAUAUAAUUGGAACUGCUUCGUAUAAAAUAACUUUUUAUGUAUUUUGAAUCUUAAUUUAAUACUUCAAAAUAAUAAAAAGUUAUUUCGAUAGAGGGAAUUAUCUAUGAAUCUUAAGUUAUAAAAAUAGCAAUUUUAAUAAAGAUAUAAAAAUUGUCAGGAUUAUAAAUUAAUUCUUAUAUUUCCCGAUCAAUUAUAAAAGUGA